GCUCCCCACACAAAGGACGCGCUGGGAAAUGGCGGCGGCCGCGGCCUCGCAAAGCGCCCCCGGGAAAAUGGAGCCGCCCCCGGCGGCGGCCGCGGCGGCAACGGCGGCUCCGCCAGCGCCCAACGGGGCGGCCGGCGCGGGGGGGCCGCCCCCCAAGAGCGAAGGCGAGCGCCCGACGCCCAAUGAGAAGAAGAAGGAGAAGGGGAUGAAGAGGGGAGGGAACCGCUUCGAGCCCUACGCCAACCCCGCCAAGAGGUACCGAGCCUUCAUCACCAACAUCCCCUUCGACGUCAAGUGGCAGUCCCUGAAGGACCUGGUCAAAGAGAAAGUUGGUGAGGUAACAUACGUGGAGCUCUUAAUGGACGCUGAAGGAAAGUCAAGGGUAAGUGUUUGAGAGUUUCUUUGUGGAUUUUCUACCUGAAAUGUUUCUGUGUGCUGGACAGGAGGCCAGGGAGGCUCAGAGUGUGGAUGUGCAGUGGCUCUAGGUCAGGAGUGCUGUGGGAUGGGAGGAGGUGGGGUGGGCUCUGCAGUCAGGAGCUGUUCCCUGCGUGCCGUUGGCGUUGGCCGUGUGACCCUGGAGCCCAGCAGGCAGGACAGGGUUCUGGAAUAUUCCUGUGCUUUGGAAAAGUCACUCGAGCGGUUGGCUGAGUUCGGAAGGGCCAGGGUGCAACAGCAGGUGCUGCAAGCUCCACUUCCUGGGCCUGUAGGGAGAGGGAAAUUCCUAAAUGUAAACGUUCAGUGCCUUCAUGGGCCUUGAGCCCAGGAUCAGGGCAGACAGUAGGAGCACUCCUAAGUGUCCUGAAGGAUAUGGACUUAGGGUGAGAGUGUGGAGGGUUUUGCUGUAUGCCAGGGAAAAGCAGGUCGCAGGAAGCGUGUGGUAUUUCUCGGAGAGUCGGGAUUUAGUGUUUGUUACAAGCUCAGAGACCCCAGGUUAAUCCUGUUAAGGCAAAAGAA